AGUGCCCAGUGAAGAAUGUGAUGGGAUCAGUAGCAUGUCUGCGGAGAGCGGCCCUGGGACGAGAUUGAGAAAUCUGCCAGUAAUGGGGGAUGGACUAGAAACUACCCAAAUGUCUACAACGCAGGCCCAGGCCCAACCCCAGCAAGCCAACGCAGCCAGCACCAAUCCCCCGCCCCCAGAGACCUCCAACCCCAACAAGCCCAAGAGGCAGACGAACCAACUGCAAUAUCUGCUCAAAGUGGUGCUCAAGACACUAUGGAAACACCAGUUUGCGUGGCCUUUCCAGCAGCCUGUGGACGCCGUCAAGCUAAACCUCCCUGAUUACUAUAAAAUCAUUAAAACACCUAUGGAUAUGGGAACAAUAAAGAAGCGCUUGGAAAACAACUAUUACUGGAAUGCUCAGGAAUGUAUCCAGGACUUCAACACUAUGUUUACAAAUUGUUACAUCUACAACAAGCCUGGAGAUGACAUAGUCUUAAUGGCAGAAGCUCUGGAGAAGCUCUUCUUGCAGAAAAUCAAUGAACUGCCCACUGAAGAAACUGAGAUCAUGAUAGUCCAGGCAAAAGGAAGAGGACGUGGGAGGAAAGAAGCAGGGACAGCAAAACCUGGCGUCUCUACGGUACCAAACACAACGCAGGCAUCGACUCCUCCGCAGACCCAGACCCCCCAGCAGAACCCUCCGCCCGUGCAGGCCACACCUCACCCCUUCCCUGCGGUCACCCCAGACCUCAUCGUCCAGACCCCCGUCAUGACAGUGGUGCCUCCCCAGCCACUGCAGACACCCCCACCGGUACCCCCUCAGCCACCACCCCCACCCGCGCCAAACCCCCAGCCUGUGCAGAGCCACCCGCCCAUCAUCGCGGCCACCCCACAGCCUGUGAAGACAAAGAAGGGAGUUAAGAGGAAAGCGGAUACCACCACCCCCACCACCAUCGACCCCAUUCAUGAACCACCAUCACUACCGCCAGAGCCUAAGACCACCAAGCUGGGCCCCCGGCGGGAGAGUAGCCGGCCUGUGAAGCCCCCCAAAAAGGAUGUACCCGACUCACAGCAGCACCCAGUGCCAGAGAAGAGCAGCAAGGUCUCGGAGCAGCUGAAGUGCUGCAGUGGCAUCCUCAAGGAGAUGUUUGCCAAGAAGCACGCAGCCUAUGCCUGGCCGUUCUACAAGCCUGUGGAUGUAGAGGCUCUGGGUCUGCACGACUACUGCGACAUCAUCAAGCACCCCAUGGAUAUGAGCACGAUCAAGUCUAAACUGGAGGCCCGAGAGUACCGUGAUGCUCAGGAAUUUGGUGCUGAUGUCCGAUUGAUGUUCUCCAACUGCUACAAGUACAACCCUCCUGACCAUGAGGUGGUGGCCAUGGCCCGCAAGCUCCAGGAUGUGUUCGAGAUGCGCUUUGCCAAGAUGCCAGAUGAGCCAGAGGAGCCUGUGGUGGCCGUGUCCUCCCCGGCGGUGCCACCCCCCACCAAAGUGGUGGCCCCACCCUCGUCCAGCGACAGCAGCAGUGAUAGCUCCUCAGAUAGUGACAGCUCCACUGAUGACUCUGAAGAGGAGCGAGCCCAGCGGCUGGCAGAGCUCCAGGAGCAGCUCAAAGCCGUGCACGAGCAGCUUGCAGCCCUCUCCCAGCCCCAGCAGAACAAACCAAAGAAAAAGGAGAAAGACAAAAAAGAAAAGAAAAAGGAAAAGCACAAAAAGAAAGAGGAAGUAGAGGAGAAUAAGAAGAGUAAAGCCAAGGAACUUCCUCCUAAAAAGACCAAGAAAAAUAACAGCAGCAACAGCAAUGCGAGCAAGAAGGAGCCAGCGCCCAUGAAAAGCAAGCCGCCGCCGGCGUACGAGUCGGAGGAGGAGGACAAGUGCAAGCCCAUGUCCUAUGAGGAGAAGCGGCAGCUCAGCCUGGACAUCAACAAGCUCCCUGGUGAGAAGCUGGGCCGAGUGGUGCAUAUCAUCCAGUCGCGGGAGCCCUCCCUCAAGAACUCCAACCCUGAUGAGAUCGAGAUUGACUUCGAGACUCUGAAGCCGUCCACCCUGCGAGAACUGGAGCGCUAUGUGACCUCUUGUCUGCGCAAGAAAAGGAAACCUCAAGCUGAGAAAGUUGACGUGAUUGCUGGCUCCUCCAAGAUGAAGGGUUUCUCAUCCUCGGAGUCAGAGAGCACCAGCGAGUCCAGCUCCUCUGACAGCGAAGACUCCGAAACAGAGAUGGCUCCGAAGUCAAAAAAGAAGGGGCACCCCGGGAGGGAGCAGAAGAAGGUACGUGGUCUCAGGGGUGUCCUCCAGCAGCACCAUCACCACCACCAUCAGCAGAUGCAGCAGGCCCCGGCCCCUGUGCCCCAGCAGCCCCCGCCGCCGCCCCAGCAGCCCCCGCCGCCUCCACCUCCACAGCAGCAGCAGCAGCAGCCCCCGCCCCCGCCGCCCCCACCUUCCAUGCCGCCGCAGGCAGCCCCCACGAUGAAGUCCUCGCCUCCGCCCUUCAUCGCCGCCCAGGUGCCCGUCCUGGAGCCCCAGCUCCCAGGCAGUGUCUUCGACCCCAUCGGCCACUUCACCCAGCCCAUCCUGCACCUGCCGCAGCCCGAGCUGCCCCCCCACCUGCCCCAGCCGCCCGAGCACAGCACUCCACCUCAUCUCAACCAGCACUCGGUGGUCUCUCCUCCAGCUUUGCACAACGCGCUGCCCCAGCAGCCAUCGCGGCCCAGCAACCGAGCCGCCGCCCUACCCCCCAAGCCUGCCCGGCCCCCGGCCGUGUCGCCUGCCCUGGCCCAGCCACCCCUUCUCCCACAGCCCCCCAUGGCUCAGCCCCCCCAAGUGCUAUUGCAGGAGGACGAAGAGCCACCCGCCCCACCCCUCACCUCCAUGCAGAUGCAGCUCUACCUGCAGCAGCUGCAGAAGGUGCAGCCCCCCACACCACUACUUCCUUCCGUGAAGGUGCAGUCCCAGCCCCCACCCCCUUUGCCCCCCCCACCUCACCCCUCAGUGCAGCAGCAGCUACAGCAGCAGCCACCGCCACCACCCCCCCAGCCACAGCCUCCGCCCCAGCAGCAGCACCAGCCCCCCCCACGGCCCGUGCACAUGCAGCCCAUGCAGUUCCCUACCCACAUCCAGCAGCCCCCCCCACCCCCGGGCCAGCAGCCCCCACAUCCGCCCCCGGGCCAGCAGCCGCCGCCGCCACAGCCCGCCAAGCCUCAGCAGGUCAUCCAGCAUCACCCUUCUCCCCGGCACCACAAGUCGGACCCCUAUUCAACUGGUAAGUUGGCUUUUGCCCCUGGGCUCUGGGGAGGCUGAGGUGGAUUCAGAGCCCCCCACCUUAAAGGUUUUGGGUUAGUUGCAGAAGUUGCUGAAGGGGGUGUCGGUGCUUCACAUAGCAUUGUUACUGGGGUUUGUCUUGACUUGUAGCUUCAUGACUGGGAACAAGGUCCCCAGUCGUCCUUCUCUUGGAACUCACAGGAGCAUUACAGUACAUCGUGAUCCUAGGUGGGGAAGUCAGGGCACACUUCCUGGAGGAGGUGAACAGAGGGUGAGCCAGAGCUAAUUUAACAAACAGGGUGGGGAGUGACGUCCAGGCAGAGCUGGGGCAGGCCUGGGCAGCAGGGGGUUGUUUGGGAACUUGUAGGAGCAGGUGCUCUGUUCUUACCGAGGCUUACCUGGUGGGAGUCAGGACCUCAUGGGAGAGAAUUGGGCUAAAGCUGAAAGGUAGCUUGGGUUGUAAUCGGCAGCCAUUUCCCAUUCCCUGCCUCCACACUGAUCCAGGCUGUCCUUUUUCUGUGUUAAUCCGGCCAUGCCCGCUUGCCUUUCCUUGCUCUUAUUUUCUAAGUGUCUGUGACCAAACUGUCCCAGCCUCAGCAAGGGAAUUGUUCCAGUCAGUGCCUCAUGGUGUGUGACACGUGAGGGUCAGGGUUGAGGCUCCUGGACUUGGCAGUUCAGACCAUGUAGCCUGGCUAGGGAGUGCAGGUGCCGCCUGCAAAUUGAACAACAAGGCUGUUGAUCUUAGGCUGUGACUGCUCUGAAACCUAGCAAAAGCUGCCAGGUGCCAAGUGGAUUAUUGGACUCCCCGAGCCAAGAACAGCUGGCUGUCCUCCCUGGGAAAGGCUGGUGCUGGUCCUGGUCCCAGCACCUGUGCAGCUGUGCCUGUUUCCACCCUUAAGGAAGGCCAGGCUUCCCUGGUGGGGGCAGUGAUGAGCAGAUGAGAUGCCUUCAGUAGAGCUAGUUCUCUCCAUGGGGCAAGUUCCCUCUGAGGACCUAUGCUGUGAGUCUCCAGGCCCACCUACCCUGAGCUCCUAUGGCCUUCGGUAGCUUAGGGUGGGUCACAGGGAGCCAUUGUGGCUUAGAGCGCAGCUGGGGACUUUGGGCCAAAGGCCAAGUUGGGAGUCCCAGGGAGGUACAUCCCUGGGCACCUGGCCAGCUCGCAGGCACCACCCUGAGCCACCGGGCUCCCCUCUAGCUGCUGUUGGAUGAAGCCACUGGUAGGCGGGAGAUAACCUACCAAUCAUAGAUGCAAGCAUCUGCCUACCGUCACCCAGUCAGGCCUCAGCAGGUACUGCUGAGGGAGCCAGCCCAGACCAGACAGUGUCACCACCAUGUGCCUGCAGAUCCCGAGGCCUGGACUGGGGCCCCGAACACCAAGGCUGGAGAAACCAGCCACAUGGGGCUGGGGACCAGGCUGCAGGUGUGUGCUGGUCUUCACUGCCAUGUUGUCUUUGAGCAGCUGUUCUGCCUUUUUGGGGUUAGAAGCAAGUUCUGGCUUUAGAGAGAUGGGCAGGGAGGGCCCACCAUACCUGAGGCAUUGUGGUCUGUGCCAGGCCCAGGGGGUCUGGGGGAGGGCCAAGAGUGUUGCUGUCUCUGCUGGCAGAUAGCAGCUGACAUCUGCCUGCAGAAGGUCAGUGGGAGGGCCUGCAUGCAGAGCUUGGGUUAGUUUGUUCAGUGUGAGGCACAUGGCAGGACUAGGAGCGAGGUGGCUUUGUUUUGUGGACGAGUGUGGCUUGUCCCAUGCCGGAGCUGGCCAAGACAUGUCAGGUAUUGAAGCAAGAGGGUGUUUCCAUGCUAGAGUAGGUAGAAGAGUCAAAGGCAGGACUUAGCGACUGUGACCUAGGGCUGUUUUCUCACCAGUGAAGCUGAGGUGUCAGACCUAAGUGCUUUGAUGGCGCUUUCCAGGCUCCUGCUUUGUGCCAGAUUAACUUGGACCUUGUGGCUGCCUGGAUCUCCACUCUCCCACCCACCCCACCUAUGGUUUGAGGAAGGUGGGUGGCCUGGCCCAAUUCCUGUAAGAACCACAGGCGGAGGACCUGAUCUACCAGCUCUCCUGUGGUGCGGGCCAGUUCCAGGCAUCCCUCUUAUGAACAGCUUGCAGGCUGAGUUGUGUGGGGAAGGUCUCCUGGGGAUCCAGUCCAAGGUCCAAAGCAUUUGUCCAUGCAGGCAGGUUCAGCCUAUACACGGACAGUUGGGAGCCCAGGCUGUCUUUGUAAGGUUACUGCUAUCCUUUUUUCUUUUCUUUUUUUUUUUUUAAAGAUUUUAUUUAUUUGUCAGAACAUGUGUGCACA